AUGUUUUUCGCUGGGGGAGAAGAUAUACCAGGCUUUAAAAAUCUUAAAGAAUAUGAUCGAAAAAUGAUAAAAAACGCAAUAAAGAACGCGGCACCUGUCGUCAAAAAACUAAGAAUGAACUCAAAUGAUGAGUCUGAAAAGAAAAAAAAUGAUGAAUUAUCAAAUAAAGUAGCCGAACAAAGUAAACUUUUUGAUCACUAUAGAAAGGAAUUAAAUUCUUUAAAGAAUGAGGAACUUUAUAAAUUAUUUGUAGAAAAUGGUCAGGAUAUACCUUCAAAACGCAAAGAUCGUAUAGAUCGCCUAGCUGAUUAUAUGGCUUUUGGAGUACCAAAGAAAUGUCUUCAAUGUAAACAUGGCCAAAUAAUCCUCGAUGAUUUUUAUUACAGAUGUGAUGGUAACAUAGAUGCUUGGACGAAAUGUUGCUAUACAACAAAAGAACCUGACAAAGAGGUAAUAAGAAUUCCCGAAACUCUUAAAGGUUAUCCAAUGUUUAAAGAAUUUAACAGCGUAAUUACUCAACGCCUUUUUUUGAAUGAACCGUCAUCAUUAGCUGAUAAACCUCUUGAUUCUCAUACUUCUUUAAAUAAAAAACUCCAGCCACUAAAAAACAUCCAAUUUUAUUUGUAUGGUAAACUCAAAACUCCUAAAAAGGAAGUUAAGCGUCGUAUUGAACUUAUGGGAGGUCUCGUAGUCGGAAAACUUACAUAUACUACUGCCGCCGUAAUAACUACUAAAGAAAAGUUAGGAAAAAAAUCCACCAUGAUUCAGAAUAUUAAAAGAAUGGAAAUUGAGGUGAUAGAAGAAUCUUAUCUUGACUUAAUUGAGCCUGAAAAUGGAACAGUUUUGGAUUCUCUUAAACUUAUUAAAGAUAACAAUAUUGCUAAUUGGGGAUCAGAUCCAAUAAAAAGAGUUCCUCAAGAUAUUAUUGAAGGGAAAAAUGUCCUCAAAUCAGGUAGCAUGUACCGUACUUCUGCAUCAAAACAAAAAGUAAAAAUUAUGGACGGUAUGGAAGUUGAUUCUCGAACUGGUUUAGAAGAGAAAGCCAAUAUUUAUAAAGAUACUGAAAGCACUUUUUCCGUUGUUUUAAGUAAUUCGGAUUCAGUUGUAUAUUCAGUAUAA